CUCAACUAUUGAAUCCACUCAUAAUAAUCCCAACUAUCGGUGAUGGAAGUAAAUCCACCGGAAAAUAAUUAAUAAGAGAUAGCCGAAAAUAAUUAAGGUGCUCAGGAUAAUCUUUAGAGAGAUAAAUGUAUGUAGUAUAUUCAGUGUAUUGAGCUUGAUUAACUUUACAAAGAUUACAUGAUUUUAUAGUAGAAAAUAAGACAUAAAAGAUUCGGGCGACAUGGUCGCCAUGUUCGAAUUGAUAUGCAGAUCAAUAAUCCGGAUCUGUGGAAUCCUUUGUUGAUUGUGUGAAUAUCUUGAAAAGACGUCGUUGAUGUAGUUUGUCGUACGGAGUCGCCAUGUAGCUUUUGCCAUGAUGUCCAGAGACACCAUGUAUAGAUUGUUUAGAUAAGCUUCUACUACUAUGUCCAGGGUCACUGUGGACAUUUCUUUAUAUAAGCUCGCCAUGGCAUCCAAGGCUAUAGUGCACUCUGGUCUUCUACUUGCGUCCAUGGUUGCUAUGGACGUGCUCUUUGGAUAAGCUUACCAUGACAUCCAUGGUUACUCCGUACUCCCUAUUCUUCUACUAACUCCUGUCCACAGCCGCCAUGUACAGUCUUUUAUCUCCUAACCCGCCCAUGGUCAUCACGUACGAGCUCUUCUUAUACCUUAUCAUCACCCGUACAUAGUUACCGUGCACAUCAACCUCUAACUCACUUUCAUCCAUGUUAAUCCGAUCAAUAUUUAUUCAUGGUUGGGAUAAUUAUACCAUCACAAGCCCCCCACUUCCUAAGCCGAAUAGUAUAUCGGCUAUAGGGAGUACAGAGACAUGGUUGCUGUGUCAAUAUUGAAUGUACAUGGUCACCAUGUCAAUGUUUUUGUUUUUUACCUACUCAAUUAUUUUAACUAAUUCAAUUUUCCUUUCCCUUUACUGAAGUGUGCAGCUCAUGACUCCAAAUUUACUUACGUCCUGUUAGCUUCGUAGGUGGGUAGUGAGGACCAGUCACCAUCUGAACUUCACUGUCCAGGCCGUAGCUUGUCGGCAACCAGGCCAGAGUCGCCCGCCGCCCGCCGGCGUUCCUUCACGUCACCCUCCAGUUCCCUUGGAGUUCCCAUCUGCCGUCGCCCUUCACCAGCUUCUACCGGCCGCAGUGAACCAGAGAAAUAACUCAACCACCAGCUGAGACCCAACGUGAAGCCGGCAAUCGAACCUCUACGGCCGAAUCAGCACCGUCUCCCGUUGCUCAGUCAUUACUGCCAUCGGUCCUCCCGCCGGGCACCCGCGCACCUCGGUGACCUCAGGGACUGUUUGUCUUCGCCGUCCUCCGCUUGCGCCGUCGCUGUCCUGCUUUGGGUGUCCGUUCCGAUUCCGCCGCAGCCACCGCUUGCCAGGGUAGGCAUAGACAGCUGUUAAUACCUUAUGGAUAUACUGGACUCCAUAGACUCUGAUGAAUUGCUCAGUGGUGACGGGGAAUUAGUGUUGGAGAAUUUUCCUCAUCCUUGGGCAGAUGUUAAUUCUGAUGUUGAAGAAAUUAGUCCCAUAAAGCCACGAGCCGCUUCAGUCAAACCACCAAAACGUCGCUACCGUGGUCCGUAUCCACCCUUAGACCCGAGCCCCAUCUUACACUACAGGUCGCGCCUCUCAGUUUCCAAGUUCGAAAAGUAUAAGAAAUUUUUUCCGUCCACAGUGACUGUCCGAUGUCCCGAUUCGGAGGAUAUUGUAACCGAUCCUCCUAAAGGUCACUUUUUUGGGGUGCAUAUUCUCUCCAUAAAAUUAGGAUUCCGCUUUCCCACGCACCCUUUGAUUAUUGAAUUUUUAAAUGACCUUGAAAUUUCACCUUGUCACCUGACUCCGCUCGGUCAUCAGUAUCUGGUAGCUUUCUUAGUCCGGUGUGAAACACUUGGGAUUGAAUCGUCCCUAGACCUCUUCAAGCAUAUGUUCCGAGCUGGGCAGUGCUCGGCAUCUGAUAGUCUGUCCUGGGUGUCUAUCUCUCAGCGCAACCACUUUGACAUGUGGAAGGUCACUCGUAGCAACGAAGCCAAUUGGAAAGAAGAAUUUGUCUAUGUGUCGUCUGGAUCUCCGUUACCUUUUUCAUCGUCUUUGAAUUGUCGAUUUAAGAAGUAUUCGUACCCGAAACUUCCAGUUGACCAGGAGACAUGGCCGGCUAUGAUUCUUUCUGGAGGACCGUAUAGCCUCUCUGCCUUUACUUCCGAAGACCGCCUAACCACGGUUGGACUCUAUUCGCCGUCACCAUGUUCGGGUGCACACGCAUCCACGUCCACGGAUCAAGAUAUGACAUCGCGGUUGGAGAUGUUCCAAAGCUUCGACCAGGAUGGGCCUCGCGGUAGUGACCAGGGGCGCUCUGACAAGAAACCAAGGGUUCCCUCCGUCACAAAAGGCAAGGAUGCCAUUGUAACUGUGCCUUCAUCCAUUGCAAAACGCAGGGCCGCUAGCCCCGCAGCCCGCGUCACCCGUAGCAUGAGUGAUAUUCCCACGGCGGGGAUGACUACUUGGUUACGAGGUAACCUUGAGUUACCUCCGCUCUUAUCACAGGUGAUCACGGCGACUGAGAAGGAGAAAAUUUCAACACUUGACCAUGCUGCUUUAGAGAAGAGGAGCCACCAUGGCCUGGCCGAGCUACUGUUGUCCAUCUCCGAGGUGAGUCGAAGGAAAGAUGAGCGCGAGAAAGAUUUGUCGCUACAACUCACCGAAUUAGCGAAGGAGGUGGCAUCGCUCAAGCUCGUGCGUGACUCACAUGCAGCCGAGGUCACUGCGCUUAAAGAAAUGCACGCCGUGGAGUUGGCCAAUGCAAGGGGGCGGGCCGUGGAUGCAUACAAGAAUUCUCCAGAGUUCGUGUCUGAUCAGGAAGCAUACAUUAAUGCCCACUUGAACGAUAUUAACAAGCAUUGGUUGUCUACUCCGGAAGGUCGUGAGAAACUGGCCUCAGAGAGCUACAUCUCCUACCAGAUCGGGAUAUAUGCCACUCAACAGAAAAUAUAUCCUAUCUUGAGGGAUAAGGCUGGUACCUCUUGCAUCACUGAUUGGGGACUUCCUCCUGAGGUUCCCAACCCUGAGAUCCCGGUAGCCAACACGCCCCUGGACUACAUUCCUUUUGACAGACUCCCCACUGAUGAGGAGCUUGGCGAUCUUCCUUCCGAGACAGAUCACCCAGCUUCGACUGCUUCUGUGCCUUAGAGCAUGCAUGGGAGUGACGGAUGGACGUAGUGUAGACUUUAAUUCUGUCAUGUCUUCAAUUACGAGUACCCGAAUUGCUAAACAUGUUUUGAAUUUCAUAAAAUAAUAAUGAUGCAUGUCUUAUUUUCCUUUCGUUAUUGUUUAGUAUUAUC